AUGGCCGACCCCCAGCAGGCCGAGCGCGACUACUUCUCCAACGAGCCGCCGCCCAAGGACCUGCAGGCCAACGUCACCCUCGCCCGCGAGUUCAUCCAACGCCAUGGCGACGCCGGCCGCCGCCUCGUGCUCGUCACCUCGGGCGGCACCACGGUGCCCCUCGAGACCCAGACGGUGCGCUGCAUCGACAACUUCUCCGCCGGCACCCGCGGCGCCACGAGCGCAGAGUUCUUCCUCCGCCAGGGCUAUGCUGUCGUCUUCCUGCACCGCCAGUUCUCGCUGCUGCCCUACUCGCGCCACUACUCGCACAACACCCGCUCCUUCCUCGACUACAUGCGCGAAGAGGACGGCCGCGUCGUCGUCGACGAGCAGCACCAGGCCGACAUGCUCCAUGUCCUGCGCCAGUACACCAACGUCAAGCGCGAGGGCCGCCUGCUGAUCCUGUCCUUUGUCACCAUCACAGAGUACCUGUGGGACCUGCGAGAGGUUGCCCAGCUCAUGCGCCCGCUGGGCCCGCGCGCCAUGUUCUACCUCGCCGCCGCCGUCUCCGAUUUCUUCGUGCCCCGCGAUCGCAUGGUCGAGCACAAGAUCCAGUCCAACGACGAGUUUAGCCAGGCCGCCGACGGCGCCCAUGGCACCGGCCGGCCACCCGCAGCGCGCACAGAGGGACGCAAACUCGUCAUCGACCUGGAGCCCGUGCCCAAGUUCCUGAAGCAGCUCGUCGACGGCUGGGCCCCCGAUGGUAUCAUAGUGAGCUUCAAGCUCGAGACUGACCCUUCGAUACUGGUCAAGAAGGCGAGAUAUGCCCUGAACAAGUACUCGCACCAUCUCGUCAUUGGUAAUCUGCUAAGCACGCGCAAGUGGGAGGUCGUCUUCGUGUCUAGGCUCGAGGGCGAGAAAUGGAUCCGGGUGCCCGAACACAGACGAACCAAGAGCUUCUCGGGCGUCCCUUCACUCGUGGGCUCGGCCGAUGCCUCGGCGAGGCAGGACCAGUCUGAACCAUCGCAGUCGCUGCUGGAAACGCAGUCUGAAGUACCAAAAGGCGAACCGGUCGUCGAGAUUGAAUCUCUCAUAAUCCCAGCCAUCGAAGCUAUGCACACCAAGUACAUUGAGCAGACGCAGGAGCGGAGACGGUAG